UUAUUAAAGAUUUUAUUUAUUCAAUUUAAUGAAAAUUAAUCAUUAACAUAUAACACUACAUAAUUGAUGUGAUUUUUUCUCCUUCAAUAUUACUCAUAAAGUAAUAUAAAAUGCAUAAGAAUAAAAAUGUAGAAAAAUCUGUAAAAUGUAAACAAUCAAAUAAAUGUUCAAAGUUAAAAAUUUGUCAUCAUCAUCAGGAUCAGGAUCAAGAUCAAGAUCAAGAUCAAGAUCAUCAUCAUCAUCAUUGUGGUUAUUGUUCACCAAAAUAUGCAUUUGAUUUAUUUUGUAGUUGUACAAGUGUACGUGGUAUGUCUAAAAUACAUCAUGGACCAAAAGUAUUACGUAUUAUGUGGUUAACAUUUGUAUUAAGUAUGACAUUUUUAUUAUUAAGUUCAACAGCAUUAUUAAUUAAAGAUUUUUUAAAUUAUGAUGUUAGUGUACAUACACAAUUAAUAAUGGAUAAUCCAUCACCAUUUCCAUCAUUAACAGUAUGUCAUCAACCACCAUUUUCAUAUGAAGCAUAUAAAUUAUGGAAUGAAUCAAAAAUUUUAUCACCAUCUAAAUAUAAUUUAUAUAUGAGAAAAUUAAUAUUAAAUGCUUUAUAUAAAAAUGAUAUACAAUCAGCUAGUACAAUAUGGAGUUAUGAUAGUUUAAGUGUAUAUUAUCAAAAUUUAAAUUAUAAAGAAUCAUUAAAUUUAGGACAUAAUUUAACUAUCUUCUUAAAUUGUAUGAGAAUUUAUUCCCAUAUGUCAGUAUUUGAAGAUAAUUGUACAUUAUUAAAUGGUUAUCAUAUUAAACGUUUAUCUCAUCAUCAAUAUCUUAAUUGUUAUACAUUUGAACCAAUUAAUAUUAAUGCAGCAAAUGAAACAACAUUUUUAAGUCUUAUUGUUGGUAUGGGUCCAAGAGAUAAAGAUAUUAAUAUACAACAAGCAUUUUUACCUGAUGUAUUUGAACAAGCACGUGGUUUACGUGUUGUUAUACAUGAAACUGGUACAAUGCCUGAUUUAGAAAAAAAUGGUAUACAUGUUGAACCUGGUAAAUUAAAUGAAAUUAAUUAUGAACCAAUAAGAUGGAAAAAAUUAAAUACACCUAAACGACCAUGUAUUAAACCAAAUGAAUCACAUCAAUAUUUAGAUUUAAAUAUUAAAUAUAAUUAUACUCAUACACAAUGUUUAUUAGUACAUCAACAAAUUGAAAUAAUGAAUCAUUGUCAUUGUAUAUAUGUUAUGCAUCCACGUUUAAUAUUACCUAGUAAAACAUUACCAUAUUGUGGUCAAUUAUGGCCAUAUUUAAAUCAAACUGAAUUUAUUAAAAAAAUUUUAUGUCUUAAUAAAUAUUUAAAUAAUUCAAUUAAACAAAAAUAUGAUGGUCAUAUGUGUUUUCCACGUUGUGAAUUUUAUGAUUAUGAAAGUACUACAUCUGUAACUAAAUGGCGUGCUUAUCCAUGGCAAUUAUAUUGGUUACGUGUACAAAAUUAUGCAACACAAUCAUUAAUUCAUUAUCAUAAUCAAUAUCCAUUAAAUAAUAUUACAUAUACAAAUUCAUUUAAAUUAUGGGAAUUUUAUUUAAAUUAUAAUAAUUUAACGAAUUUACCACGUAAAAGUGAAUUAUUAAAAUAUAAUAAUAAUAAUAAUAAUAAUAAUAAUAAUAAUCAUACAUAUUCUGAUAUUUUUACUUUAUUACCUAAUUGGCCACCAGAAUAUUUAGAUUUAGAUAGUGAAGAUUUUGCAUAUGUUAUAUUAAAACGUAAAUCUCAUAGUACUAUUGAAAAAACUGAAAAAUUAAUAUUAAAUUUAUAUGUAUUAAUAAGUCGUAUUGGUGGUUUAUGUUCAUUAACAAUUGGUUUAACUGCUGCAUUUUUUGUUGAAUUAUUUGAAUUUUGUUAUUUAUUAUAUAAUAAUAAUAAUAAUAUACAAUUAAAAAUAACAUCAAAAACAACAAAAAAUUUAAUAAAAACUAAAAAAAAAUCUAUAUCAUUAAAUGAAUUAAAACAAAUAGAUGAAAAAUAUUCAUGUUUACAACAUCAUCUAAAUACACCUAUUGAACAUUGAACAGAAAAAAAAGAAAACAAAAAAAAGAAAUCAAUACAUGAAAAGUAUAUUACGUAAUAUUGAGUAAUAUUAUUAUUAUUAUUAGUAUUAGUAUUAUUGUUGUUUCUAUUGGUAGGUAGUUACAACAUGAAAUCACUUUUAUUUUUGUUACAUAAUAUAUUGAUUAUUUUAUUUUCUAAAUACUAUUCAAACGGUGGGGGGGACAUUUUUUUUCUAGUUAAACAUUUAACUGUUGAUUUAUUUAUUGAAUUUAUUUUUUUUGAGCGAAUGUCAUCUCAAAACAAACAAGAGAGCAAAAAUAAACAAACAGAACAAUUGUCUACAGAGUAUGAAUUUACCGAGAGAAUAAAAACAUUGUGGAUUUCUUAUUGAAUUAUUAUUAUUAUCAUUAUUAUUAUUAGUAGUAGUAAUAGUAAUAGUAGUAUUUUUAGGUUUGAUAUAUUUCCUUUGAAAUAAUAUUGUAUGAAGAAAAAAAUCUCGAGUUUGUUUGUUUUAUUUGUUCAUGAAGAAAUACCUUUCCUGAUAUUUCAAAGAUAGAAUGUUAGAGGUUCAAUAGUUGAGAUUAUGAGUCAACUGAAUCUAAACUAUUAUGGAAAAUCUGGAAGCACUGGACAAAUGUUACGUCCCAUUAUGGGACUCUUCAACAGUGCUUAUCUGUGAUCCUAACUCGCGAGAUUAGAAUCCACGACCUAUCGGUCUCCCUCACGAACGCCUAACAUCUAGACCACUGAACCGUCAUCCAACGGUGUUAAUGUCUAACCUCAACCAAUUCAUGAAAUUGAGUGACACAUCCACUAUUGUCUUCAUUGAGUUACUAUUUCACAACAGACUUGAUUGAACUCCGUUAGUCAUUGCUUCUCACUAGAACUCCAGGAUAUACCUCUUGAAGCCAGUCAUUACUGAGUAGAUACUGAUUCAUAUCAGAAGGGGUUUCUAUGUACAUUAAUUUAAACAGUCAUAUUUAUUUAAUCAACAUAAUAUAACAUUAAAACCCUUCAAAAUUGUCGUUUAAAAUAAUGAAAGAUAUUUGUAGUGAUGGUAGAAAUGAGUAUGAACAGAUUAUGAUUGAUUUUCUCUUUGUUGUUGUUGUUGUUGCAUUAAUAAAAUACAGGUAAUUGAAUUUUGAUUGUUUUAUAAAAAUGUAAUUAAAUAGGAAAUAUUAUUCACUUUAUAACAUAAAUAACAUAAAUAAUAACAUCAAUUAGAGUUUUUCAGUAUUGAACAUUAUAUUAGUUUUUAUAAGUUAUGUAGAUUAGUAUAUGAUGCGUAUUCAAUGCGUAUUCCUAAUUCAUCAAUUCAAAUAAUCAUAUAGAGCAGGAAUAAUCAACUGAAAAAAAAAUAAGUGGUCCUACAUUUGAACAACCUUUUAUUUUCAUUACUUGAAUAGGUAAAUAUUGGUACAAAGGGGAACCAAAUGCAUAUACAUCACAUAAGUCACUUGGUUUGUGUGUGGGCUGUGAUACUGCUCAGGUGCCCAGACUGAAGUAAGUGGUUUUCUUAGGGGGUCACAACCGGAGCGUUCGACCUAAGGGUCUAGUCCGCAAUGCAAUGGAGUAAUGUUAGCAGAUGCAGUCCCAUGGUAGCCGGUGGUCAACAAUUGGUUUAUUCGCCAUUUGUUCCUUCAGAAUACUGGAGCACAUGUACACCGUUGGUUUAGAAUCAGAAUUUUCCAUUUCUUCUAGGUGGAUCCUACUUGUCUACUCACUCGGUUAAAGUGCUUUAUGUCAUAUCAGUUUCGUAGAUAAUAGUAAUGCCGUAAGAAGGCAGUGAGUAGAACUUCCCCUGGCAUUUUCUGUAUAAGUGUAGCAUAUGAGAGCAUUUUGAGAGGGAGAGAUGAAUCUCGCCACCCUCAGCUAUACCUUAUUUUUGAAAAAUCAUAACAUAAACCUACAUCUUUACACAUACAGUAUUUAAUUCUUGAUAUAUCAAAUAUAGAUUGAGUAAAGGCAAUGUUUGAUGAGUUAUUGAAUAUGUCAACUAAUGUGUUACUCUGCAACAUAGUCAAACGGAAUAAUAAAACUGAAAAUAUUUUAUUUUCGAAAAACGAUGUUGACGCAUACCAAAACUUAACAACCUAACAGCGAUUGCAAUUAAUCAAUAAGUAACAACGGUCAUGUGGAGAACGGGAUUAAGAGAAAUACAUCUGUGGUUAUCUUUUCCAGUAAAGAUUUAAGUAAUUUCGUAGUGAUCUCAGCAAGCUGAGAUCUGUCAUUUUACUAAUUUCUCUAAUUAUCUUAACCAUAAAUAAAAUAAUUGAUUAUUUGUCGAUACUAUAUAGUAAUUUCACUUACUUACUUACGCUUGUUACCUUUCAUAGAGAAGCAUAGAACGCCCACCACCAUUCUCCAUAAAAUCUAGAUAAUCUUUUGCACUUAUUUCCACUUUCUAUUCAUCCUUUUGAUCUCUGCUUCCGAUCCCCGACGAAGUCAUUUCUUUGGCCUUCAGAUUUUCCGUAUCACUUCAAGAUUACAACUUAGUGCUUUCAUCGUGAUGCAAUCUGGUGAUUUCCACAAUUUAUGUCCUAUCUUUUUCUAAAGUCUCUUCUCAGUUUUCUCUUCAACCAGAAGCUGGUUUUUUCUCUUCCGCAGUAGGUUGUUGGCGAUGGUAUCCGGUCAAUGGACAUUGAGUAUUUUGCACAGACAAUUGUUUAUGAAUAGUUGUAUCUUUUUAAUGAUAGUUGUGGUAGUUCUCGAAGUUUCAUCUCCGUACAGUAGAAUUGUGUUGACGUUCGUAUUGAAGAUUCUGACUUUGAUAUUGUCUAACUAAAUCAAUACAAAUUUACGUGAACAAUCGUGCGUGGAAGUUUGAAAAGUAAAAUAUCAACCAGAUUCGCAUUUCAAAUCUUUUCUAAGCAAACAUUUUCCAUAUUCUUUCAUAGAAAUGAUGUUUAACUCUUAUGAUAGCAAAAAAUUUCGUAAUCUGAAAAAUAUAUAUCUCACCUCAUUGACCUAUUUAAUUUUAAUUCACAUAAAGUCUCUUGACUAGAAAAUAUGUGACGAGCAUAUAAGAUUUAAAUAGAGAAUAUACAUUAUAUUCAUUCAGAUUAGUUUCAUUAAACUAACCUGAAAAAUCAACUAUCUGUUGUAAUAAAAAGAUUUUUCUUCAAAAUACCAAACCGUAUUUCUUCUUAAAAUUCUGAAAAUCAAUACUUGAAGGUUCGACCAAAGAUAGUCCAGUUCACUAAGGAUAUAUAACAUGUUUAUUUAAAACAUAAGUCUAUAAGCGUCGGUAUUAUACAGGGCUUAUUACAGUAACCCAUCUUUAACUCACAUCAUUUCAUUAUUAGUUAAAUUUCGAUAUUCAGUAUUGCUGUGUGUAGCAUAUAUGGCUGAAUAUCUUCAAAAUCUGUCAUGGUUUGACAAACACAAAACUCUGUAGAAAUAUUAAUACUCAUAAUGAAUUAAGUGAUUCACUUCUCAUCCUUCCAUAGCUUCAAUUCCUUUCUCUAGUACUUCUUAUCCUGUCUUCUUUUAAUUAUUAUUUUAUAUAUUAUUUUUUCAGAACGAAAUCAGUUAUUAUCAUUCUAUAACAUUUUUUUUCAUAACUAUUCAAUCGUUAUUAUGAACUUUACGUCUUUUAUUUCUCCUUUAUAUCUGUCAGGUUGACAAUUAUCUGUCAUCUUGCUGACUUUUAGAUUAUUUCCUAUUUCCUAUUGUUAUCUGACCUCUUGAUCAUUCAUUACACAAAGUUCUUUUGAUCACUUUGUGAUGUACUCACCUCUCUCUCUCUAUUUUUCCAUGGACUGAUGUAUUUACGAAACAACGGAACAUGUUGACAAGAUGAAAUUUUCUUUACUGAAUCCUCUUUAUUUCAAGUGCUGAAUAAUGGUUAUGUAUCAAGUGAAUAUGUUAUUCCAAAGUCAACAAGUUACAUAAUCAUAAUCGCGUUAGUUAAAAAUGUUUAUCAACUAUUUAGAUAUUAUAAAAAGUUAUGUAGUAAAGUCUUUUUCAAAACAGAAGGAUAAGUUUGUUACCUGAAAAGUAUAUCGUAUGAUUUCUAAUGUUUUAAUAUGCUUAUGAAACGACUUCAAUGAUUUCGGCAUAUAAAACACAGUCAGUUAAUUAAAGUUCUUUGUUAUCAAAUCAGUUGUUGAAUGCUACUUACUUCUAUUCAUUGAUACAAUGGGUUAUUUCAAUAGUUGAAAUCACGAGUCCUGUGAGAUAGUAACUCAACGAAGACAAUGAUGGAUGUGUCACUCAAUUUCGUGGAUUGUUUGAAGUCGAACAUUAACACCGUUGGAUGUCGGUUCAGUCGUCUAAUGGUUAAGCGUUCAAGCGCGAGAGUGAUAGGUUAUGGUUUCGAAUCUCGCGAGGUUGGGUCUUUUAUGAACACUACUGAGGAGUCCUACAAUAGGACGAAACAGCAGUUCAGUGCUUCCAGGUUUUCCAUGAUGGCCUAGCUUCAAUGAACUCAUGAUAUCAACUAUUGAAAUUAUUACAAUCCCCACAAAACCCAUUUUGUUACAACGGGUUACCAUAAUUAUUUUCAGUAUGUUAUAUCCGAGCGAAGAUUAAAUUACAGGUAACUCCCGAGGACUAUUAACGGACUAAUAUUCUAUAAAUAUUCUUAUUGUAAAACUAUUGAAUAAUUAGAUUAUGUAAAUUUAUAUCCCUCUUAUUAUAAGCUUUAUUUUGAUCUAUAAUUUAUUAUUGUACGAUUUACGGUUCUUAAACUAUGUUCAGUCUAUUAAUUAUUAUCUCGCUCGUUCACAGCCACUUUUUGGCUCAUUUGUGUACACAUGUUAUUUUCUAAUUUAUGGUGUGUUGUGGUCUGUCUGUUUGAUAUAUAAACCGAGUAUGUUUGAAAUAAACGAUCUGCUCUGAUUCGAAGAUGGUACUGUGUUCUGGACUCAAGUGGAAGGGCUCGGAAGACAUAGGACUAAUAAGUACGCUAGACUGCCCACACCGCUUUGAACGUCAUUGGUUGGCCUAGUGUGAAGAUUCGUAUAAGUCGUAUUCGGAUUGGUCGAUAGGUCGCGUGAUAGCAAAACCCUGACAUACCAAGGUCAUAACACAGUAUUAACUCAUUUAUUCUUUCUUCUCUCCUUUUUUCAACCGAUGAAUUCAUUUUUCGCAAUAGCCAUACAAGUUGCGAUUAUAAUAUGUAUUAUUUUAAAGAGGAGAUAAUGAUAAUAACACAGUUGGGAAAAUGGUUAUAGCAACUCACGUGCAAUUGAGUUUGUUUUCAUCUAACUCAGUUAAACCAUUUUGUUAACUUAUUUAGCGAACAAAGUCAUCCGUAUACUAUAACAACUUAUUGUACCUUUAUUAUUGUUGUGCUUGUAUGAAAUAUGUAUGCUUGAACAUUGCUUACCGCCUACGCAUACAUUCAUUCUGCUAGCUUUAUUAUUAACUGCUUAAUUGAUUCGAUGAUCCAUUCAUUUUCCUAUAUAUAUACAUGUACAUUUAACACUACACUCUCGAUUCGCUACCUCACUCAUUUGUGUCAUUGCUUUGUGGUCUGAGUUAUCUGCUAAUAAAACUGUAAUCGCUGCUUCACUUUGUCUUCUGAUUUCAAACACCUUUGAUGAUUAUGUGAUAACGGUUAUGAGGGUGAUUGGUUAACGAAACACAACCAUUACAUGCUUUUAUUAAUUCAUUUCAAUAAUGUAAUAUUAUUUAAGUAUAUAGAAUGUUAUAUACAAUAUAAAACUUUAUAAAAUUGUGAAAUGGGACAGGAAAUCCUAUGUGUAAUCUAUUGAUAGGUAUCUUAUUACUGAUAUAGUCGUAAAAUAUGUCUGGAAGAUUAAUUGAAGUUAUCCAUAUAAUUAAAUGAAUCCCGAAUUCAUAAAAAGGUAAUUUUAUUCAUGAAUAUGAUUUUAUACAACGUAUAUCUAGUUGUUUAAUGGAUGAUCAUUUACUUCACUCUUCAUCAUCAUAUAGAUAUAUAUUUUUGGCUUCUAUUCUGUUCAUGUUUUUUUAUAGAAUAAUGGACUAUCUGGUGAGUAUAUGACAAUAAUAUUUUCCUUCACUUGCUAAUAUAUAAAUGUGCUUUUUUCAAUAAUCCAUUUUCACUAAAUAGACAAAGAAUCAUGUGAUUUAUGGAACUUUAUUGGAAAAAAGUUGAGGAAAGUAGUAUAAAUUGAGAACUACACUAUUAUUAUUUAUGCUUCACACUUAAAGGAAUACCUAUAUUGAAUAUGUGUAGGGACAUUGAAAUGUCACUGGAACAUAGUUAAAUCAGACGACCAUUGGGUAACCAGAUAUCAAAUAGCACAGUGAUCCUUGUCAAGAUCAACGCAUAACAAUUAUUUGCAUGCUAUAGUCUGACAUAUAUGGUGGUGAUAGCAGUUUGUUCUUUGUACCCACGCUUACUAAUAUAUUUUUGUAAGUAGCUAGUGUACCUGGAUAUGACAAAAGGAUAAUCUAUGUUAGGUAAUAAUCUUGUAGUGUGUCUUCAACGUUAACUGGUUGCUUACAUUGUUUACGUCUAACUUAAUUAAGCUCCCAAUCAUCGGCACAGACCAAUUAUAUUUGUGAUCAAUAUAUGCGAAAUUCGGACAUUUAAGGCAUCAACUUUCGUCAACAUAUCAACUUAUGUGAGUCUUUAACUUGUAAGUUAACAUGAUCUGAACACUCAAAGGUGUCAGUUAUUUAUUUCAUGGCACCAUGGAACUAAUCAUAUGGUGCCUAAAAUCUUGGAAUAAUGAUCCAAACCUAUUAAUCAAUCAACUUGGUGUCAACCUAAAAAUUACAAAACUAAAACUAUAAUUCUAUCUAAAAUGUGGUUUAACAGUGAAACAUGAAAAAAUGAACUGAACUACAAUAAAACCACCAGUUGAAUGAGGACUCAUAUAUACGCAUUCUAUGUCACUUUUAAAGCCUUAGAGUUAUUUCUUAUAGUUUACAAAAUAAUUGAUUUACCAUGUUAUUAGUAUAGGGGAUUUAUAGAGAUUGUAGUAUUUUCGCAGUUGAAAUCACGAACUGAUCGUAUCUAGACGACUAUUAAAAACUUUGAAGCGAUGGACGGUUAUUUUGUUCUAGUAUGGGACCCCUCAGCCAUAAGGAUCCACGACUAUACAUAAAGGAAUCCAAUUCAUGUCACAAUAUUAUGAAUUGAUUUAAUUCAUUCACUAACACAAAUAGAUAACGACUUGGUAGUAUAGAAUUUAUGCAUUCACAUGCAAGAUCGAAGAUCCUUGGUUCAAUUCCCACAUUCGGGUUCGUGGAUGCACAUUAUUUAAAUAUUUACUGAGAAUGAAAUCAAAAUGUUGUGCUUCAUUUUCUAAUCAUUCCAACUAUUCACUACCAAUCUAUUAUAAAGUGAUUCAUUCUACUUGAAAACACAAUACAAACAAUUCAAUUCAUAAGAAAAACUGAAUACUCUUUAAAUCUAGAAUGAUAAUUUCACACAAAUCAAUUACAUUCUGAUCCAUUGUAUAUUAGAUACUUUCAAGCAUGCUGAUAUUUCCAUUGAAUAUUAUCUAAAUUCUUUAUUCAUUUUUUUCUAUAAACAAACAAACAAACAUCGGAAACAAUUACCUAUGGAGACAAUGAAUAAUCAAUAAUCAAUUGUUGUUGUUAUUUCCAAUAAUUAAUAAUUUGAUUAUUAAUAUUUAAUAUUUUGUCACCAUUAUUUAUCAUAUUUAAAAUGACGUUUUGUGAAAUUGUUGCUAAGCAACUUAAAAUAUGUUUUUUUUAAUGAUGGUUGAUUUCAUUUAAAUAUGUAAUGUAUAUUUUGAAUAUUAGUG